AUGACCCACCGGAACGUUCUUAUCGGUUGCACCGGAAGUGUGGCCACCAUCAAGCUUCCGCUGCUGGUGGAGAAACUCCGCGCCACCAUUCCCAACGUGGCCAUCAAAGUGAUUGUGACCGGGCACGCCGAUCACUUCUUCUCCCCGGCGGACAUUCCGCCGGACGUUCCAGUGCUGCGCGAUCAGGACGAGUGGGACAGCUGGCGCACCCGUGGAGAUCCCGUGCUGCACAUCGAGCUGGGCAAGUGGGCCGACCUGUUCGUGGUGGCGCCACUGGACGCCAACAGUCUGGCGAAGAUGGCCGGCGGGCUGUGUGACAAUCUGCUGCUGUGCACUGCCCGGGCCUGGGACUUUGGCAAGCCGUUCUUUUUUGCGCCGGCCAUGAACACCCGCAUGUGGGACCAUCCGGUGACGGGGCAGCACGUGCAGGUGCUACGGUCCUGGGGUUUGCGGGAAAUUCCGUGCGUGGCUAAAACGCUCGUGUGCGGGGACACGGGGCCAGGGGCGAUGGCCGAGGUGGACACGAUCGUGGACAAGGUGGCGGCGUGUUUGGUGGCGAUGGAGUGUAGGAGGUAGGUAAAAAGGGAUUGUUUUUGUUUGGGAAUAAACAAUUUUGUGCAUUAUUUAAA